AGGCUACCACAAGUAUUCUCAGUGUACAAAUUUAAACAACCGGAAACGUUUUAGAAAAACAUAACAACAUUAAAUAAAGUAAUUAAAGCUGUUUUAUAAUGAAAGUCAAAUUAAGUAUUAUGCUAUUUCAACGUUUUCAUCGCUGUGUUUUAAAAGACAAUGCUUAUAAAUUAAACUGGUGUACACUAAGAAGGUUCUCUGAUUGGCACUUAGUUGGUGCCCUCUGCCUUGAAAGGCGGCCAAUCAUAACACAAGAAAGGACUCCUCUGGAAGAGAGGUAUUUCCAGUACUUAUACAGAAAAGAAGUUGAAAAAAGUUUUUUAAGUGAUCAUGAAAAACGUCAUUUGGAUGAUUUGAGAAAUGCAGAAAAAAUGAAGAAAGGGGAAAUCGAAGACAUCGAUACUGUUUCCAAACAGACUGCCCAAGAUUUUGAAGAUGCUAGUAUAGAAGAAUUGAAUAAGUUUCCUCCUCAUCCUAGAACUACAGAUGCCGAUGAAGAAAAUAAUCAGCAAUCCAUUCAGCGAAAACUAGACUCUAGUCUGUUGUUAGUUAUAAAGCAAAAAAUAGGAAAUGAUCUUCGAUGGAUAUUGCCCCAAACUGUUCAUCAAAAAGGAGAAACUUUAUGUGAAACUGCUGUAAGAGCUUUCAAUGAGAUAUGUACUAAUCCAGUUAAACUGCAAAUAAUGGGAAAUGCACCUGUUGGUUUUUAUAAAUACAAAUACCCUAAAGCUAUUAGGCAAGAUGGAGUUUGUGGUGCAAAGGUAUUCUUUUUUAAAGCUCAACUCUUGGACAACAGACUUCAAACUUUAAAUAUUCAAUCUGAUACAGUUGUAGAUCACCGCUGGUUAACCCACUCUGAAAUAAAAACUGUCUUGCAACCUGUAUACGAAAAAGUCGUACAGUCUUUUCUGUAUCCAGAUGCAGUAAAAGUUGAAGACACAGAAACAAAGAGUUUAUUGGAUGAAGAGGAACACAUUAUUAAAUCUUCGGCGUCAAACUAGACUUUUUUUAAAAAAUAAUUUCCAUGAAUUGUAAUAAAACAUAUAGCAAAAUCUAAAAUAAAAAUUUCAUUUCUUC